GGUCCCCGGGGGAGGAGGCUGUGACAUGCCUGAAUUACAGCUCCCAGAAUGCAAUGGGGGAGGGGGGGUGCUCUAGGCUGAGAGUUGCCGGUACCUGCAGCCGCACGCAGACAGGGAACUGAGCUGAGGCGUGGUGGUAGGGGCCGGAGGGUUCCUGGGAUGUUGGGAGGCGAUACAUGCAGCGCGAGAGAGGAGGGUUAAAGGGUCAAGUAGGGAUACAGCAGGUAUCAGCCUAGAGCUGGGUGGGAGUUAAAUUCAGAGAGGAGAUGGAAGGCAAAGAGCCAGAAGUGAGCCAACAGCUGGAUCGAUUCCCCUGCUGGCAUUAGGGUAUAUUAGAGCCUUACCUUUAACAUCCUGUCCUGCACUGUUCUCUCCCUGGCUUUUCUAGUCUGUUUCUCUGAGAGAAUCUGACACACCCAGACGGCAGAGGGCUGCUGGAGGCAGAUGGGAUCGUGGUGGCAAUUCCUUCUCCUCUCCAUCCCAGUGUCGCUGCCUGGAGACUUGGAUUACCUGGAAGGAAAUGGUGGCUGGUUUACGAACAAGUACUUGGCUCUGAUGGAAGAAGACCACUGCACUGUGGAGAGGAGAGACGCUUCCCUGACCUACUCCCAGUUCAUAGACCAAUAUGCUUUUUCCAGGCCUGUUAUUAUCCAGGGGAUCACAGACAACUCGGAAUUCCAGGCACUCUGCACGAGGAACAAGCUGCUGACGGAGUUCGGGGACCGCCUGGUCCGUCUCAGCACUGCCAACACCUACUCCUACCAUAAAGUGGACGUGCCAUUCCAGGAGUACGUGGAGCACCUGCUGGAGCCUCAGGACCUGGCCUCCCUGGGCAGUGACACACUCUAUUUCUUUGGAGACAAUAACUUCACCGAGUGGGGCUCCCUCUUCCAGAAAUACAUGCCACCUCCGUUCCGGAUUCCAGGCACCAGCGGGGCCUACAGCUUUGGGAUCGCCGGCUCCGGUUCUGGGGUUCCCUUUCACUGGCACGGCCCGGGUUACUCGGAGGUGAUCUUCGGCAGGAAGCGCUGGUUUCUGUAUCCCCCUGAGAAAACCCCUGAGUUCCACCCCAACAAGACAACUCUAGCCUGGCUGCUGGACACAUACCCAUUCCUGCCACCGGAGGAACGCCCUGUGGAGUGCACCAUUCACCCUGGCGAGGUCAGUCCUGCACCCUGGGGUCCAGUGAGCCCACCCCCUGCUGUAGCUGCUCAAGGAACCUGUGGAGUGCAUCAGCUUGGAACGCCAGGGGCUGUGUGUCUAGAGAGAGCAGAGUGGGGAGAUUCUCUGGUGCUGCACAAGCAGCAGGGACCCUGACACCACAGUGUCUGGCAUGGGAUCUGGGAACCCCAGUACUGAAGCCAGGCUGUCAGAAGACCAGGAAUCCCAAUGCAAGCACCUCUGCACCAGAGCCAGGCUGCACGGUGACCAUGCAUGCACACCAGCAUAAACAGCUGUAAGAUUCCUGAUAUUGCUGCUUUCCAGACUGAAGGCAGGCUGUCACAGGAGCAGGUCCUGGGGCUGGGCUGGUGGGGCACCAAUCCCCUGAUGCAGGCAUUACUGUAUGGGAGGCAGGCUGGGAGGUAUCACGGAUGGGACGGGGAGAAAACCAUUGAGAGUUACAGGCAAUGCCCAGCUAGGCCAGAAGGGGGAGCAGAGCUCAAGAGCCAGCUGGUAAAUGUGCCGAGAGAAGCCUUGGAUUAAAGCUCAGCAGAGAGAGGAAGGAUGGGCUGGUGGGUUGGGCCCUAGGCCAGAAUUUUGGAGAUUGGGGUUUGAUUUUUUGUGUGAAGGUGGGCAAGUCCUGUAUCCUCUCGGGGGAGGGGAAAUACAUCCGCGAUUGCAAGGCGCUCAGAUACGGCGGUGAUGGGGGUCCAACCAGGACCGGGGAUAGGGGUUUGAGCGCCGUAGGUGCACGGCCAUUUUGCCACCCCGCGCGCUGGUCCCCCAGCUCCACAGUCCUGCCUGGGGACGGUCGGCUGCUCCCACGGCUCCGGUGGAGCUGCCGCAGUCGUAC